AUGGCCCUCGCAAGAGCCCAGGCUCCUACACAUAUUCGCGCAAAGGUCGUAGACUUCAUACCCCCUCAGGAAGAGGGUGAUGUGUCUGCUGAAGAGACAGCGGGCUGUUUUGGCUUAUUUGGCAGGAAAAAGAAGAAGAGUCAAUCUCGUCGUACUGCAGAGAAGCCGCUAAAUGCUCGUCAUGCUACCACCAGAUCGACAGAGCCUCCAGUAAUCAGACCAGGAGGUGGUGGCAUAGUCCCAAUGACAGACGCGCCCUUGUCAGCACCCAAUGGCGCACCUGAAGCGAGAAGACGUGUUCGUGUUGAAUGCAAUGGACAAGGGAUCGAUCUUCCAGUCGAGCAUACCACUUCUGCUGCAGACUUGAUAGCAUCCGCCGCCAACUGCUUGUCCGAGCCAAUCGACCUCAAGACAUCCGUCCUGCUGGAGAGUUUCACAUCAAAGGUCGACGUGACACGACCACUCAGACGCUAUGAAUAUGUUUUCGAUGUUAUGAACUCCUGGGACGAUGAUCACUCCGGUUCUUUGCAGAUUGUGCCUGCUCGUGUUCUGACAAGCAACGCGAGUAACCUCAGCCUCGCCAAUGUCCCGCGAGAGAGGCCAAGGGAGUCAUCCUUCUUGAUGCAACAUUCGCAAAAACCAGGCGCAUGGAGCAAGCGUUUGAUUACCAUUCGUCAAGAUGGUCAACUCGUCGCGGCCAAACCAAGCAAAGAGUCUGAAACAACAAACAUCGGUCAUCUCACCGAUUUCGACAUCUACAACCCUACAGCAAGAUUCACAGCCAAGAUGCUGAAACCUCCAAAGAAGAUUUGCUACGCCAUCAAAAGCCAACAGAAGUCCAAUAUCUUCCAACAAGACUCGAAAUCAGUAUAUGUGCAUUUCUUCUGCACUUCUGACGAAAUUCUUGCUACCAGCUUCUACGAGGCUGUACAGGGCUGGCGCAGUUGGUAUUUACACCAUGCCAAGCAUGAGGGCAAGAAGAAGCCCACAUCAGGUCUAGGUCGAUCGUCUAGCAAAGCAACCAAGCAAUCGAAACAACCAUCCCACGCCCAACAACCUUCGACUGGUUCAAUGGAUGCACACUAUCAGCUAGGUAGCUAUAAGCCACUUGUAGACCUCGAGAAAUUUGAUAGGCCCUCGUCAUCAAGAGGUCAGGACACUGCUUCUGGUGCUCCUGCUCGAAAGCCGUCCGUGCGGGAGCGUUCAAGUCAUCCCUCUGUUUUGUCGCAACAGCAGAAACUGGCGGACGAUGAACCUCUUGGCAAGUUGGCCGGAAACAGAAGACCUUCUUUCGAUGAGGGUGCGGAACAAGCGGCAUUCAAUGGAGAAGGCCUGCUCGGCAGAAGCUACUCUACUCGUCAAAAGGCUGCCGCAGAGCGUGAAGCCGCUGCUAAGAACCCUUGGGUCACUGGUCCCUCCUUGUUAAGCGGAAACCAAGCCGAGACACUCAACCGCCAGUCCUCUGUCAAGAGAACAGGAUCUACACGCCGCACCGAUGGCCAUGUCACUGAUCUCAAACACCGUCCUUCUACGCGCGAGCGUCUGAUAGCAGCCGAAGACGGACUGAAGCGAUCUGGUUCGACCCGCGCAAGGGAACCAGCAAAACCACUGGUCGACCUCACACCCACAUACAAACCACCACCUCAACACACGAAGAAAGGCAGAGGCGUCCACCCGGACCAAGUAGGACCUGGAGGCUUGAUCGACAACGCAACCACACCAGAUCAACCUUACACGAUUCCAUCUUCACAGGAUUGGCGCGGUGGGCGAGGUAACGCCCCUGCUGUAGCAAGUGCAGGAGUCAGUCGUCAACGAUCGCUAGCACACAGACCUGCAAAUGAAACCACAGACGAGGCCUUCACAGGCCAUGGUCUUUUGAACAAUGCCCGCGGUGGCUAUGACGGUAAAGCCUCGAUAGGAAAAGGUGUCGCGAGCGGCAACAGACAUGCUCGCGAACCUCUGAUCAAUGUCAACGAGGAAUCCAAGUACGUCCCUGGCAGUCUCCUUAAUCAGGUCGCCAGACACGAAAGAGAAGAAGGUCGAGGUGGACCCAUCAUUGAUCGCAGCAGAUGA